AUGGCGUCGCCGGCGGCUACAGUUGUGCACGGCGGAGGGCUGAAGGGCGGACAUCAUGCGUAUGAAGGCUUAGUUCAUCGCGAUAUUUAUCCCCCAUCACAUAUCCUGCGCGAAAUUCAUCCCCCAUCACAGAUCCAUCGUGAAAUUCAUCCCCCAUCACAGAUCCAUCACGAAAUCCACGCCCGCUGCGAGAGAAACAUCAUUUCAUCGAGAGAUUCAGCCCCGAUUCACAGAUCCGUCGCGAGAGAAAAGAAUCCAUCAUCUCGAGAUUCAACCCCGAAAUCCUUAACCAUUUCAUCGCCCGAUUUCACAGUUUUGCAGAAUUGGAACAAAAUGAAGGGCCAGAGGGCCAUUAUAUAUCUGCUAGAGACUUCAACCACUAAGAAUUUUGGAAGACCAAGUAGACUGAAGUAUGAAGAUAAAAUAUGUGACACAUGUGGAAUCAAACUUGCAGUUAGGAUUGCUGGCUCCCGAAGUCCAAAUUAUCAGAAACUCUAUUACGCUUGUGAGAGAGAUGGUGGAUUUAUGGGUUGGGCUAAUCCAAUAAAUGAAGACGACGUAAGCAUAAGGGAAGAAGUUAGCACAAGCGAGAAAACUAUAGUGGAUCGUCAGAGCUACAAAGAUGAUGCAGAUUUCAAUGUGACAUUACCAGAAAAAAGCCAAUGCAUCGAGUUCCUCAUGUAA